AUGAAGCUCCUCGCCAGAGCGGCCUUGCUUCUAGCAGCGGUCGUAUCGGCUAUCAAGAACCCAAUACUCCCAGGAUGGAACCCCGAUCCAGCCAUCCUCCGCGUUGAAGACACCUACUACUUGGCCGUGUCCUCCUUCACCUACUACCCGGGCAUCCCAAUCUAUAAGUCCACUGACCUCGCAAACUGGGACCUCGUCUCCCACGCCCUCAAAGACCCCUCUGUCCUCGCCCUCUACGGCGUCUCCGCCGGCGAGGGCGUCUGGGCCCCCUCCUUCUCCCACCACAACGGCCUCUUCUACAUCACCUCCAUGACGCGAUGGGGCUCCGACCCGGAUUCCCGCUCCUGGCCGCGCAUCUGGUACAUCUCCUCUCCGGACCUCGUCACCUGGUCCCCUUUAACCUGGGCGGAGCCCUACGGCAUUGAUCCGGAUAUCUUUCACGACCCUACCACAGGGAAGUCCUUCCUCAACCUCAUGGGACCCAAUAACAACUACGACCGACUGUGGGGUAUAACGCAGUGCGAAAUCGACCUUGCCACGGGCAAGUGCAUUGGUCCGUAUCGCAAUAUCUGGAAUGGCACGCUUCCGCAGCUGCCCAGCGCGAGGCCAGAGGGUCCCAAGAUGUUUAAGCGCGGAGAGUGGUAUUACCUCCUCCUAGCGGAAGGUGGCACGAGUACCGGCCACCGCGCGACAAUAGGCCGCUCGAAGGCUCCUCAGGGGCCGUGGGAAUCCUCCCCUACGAACCCGCUCAUCUACAAUGGCGCUGAUCCGAAGCUUACGUUGCAGUCGACUGGCCAUGCGACGUUUACUAAUACGCCCGACGGAGAAUGGUACGCCUCCCUGUUGGCAAGGCGAAAUGUAAAGGGUGCGUCACCGCUUGGUCGCGAGGCGUUUCUGGUAAAGGUUGACUGGGAAGAUGACUGGCCGACAAUGAAUGGCGGAAAGCCCCUGUUGUUGAGUGAGACUGUAGACGGGCCAGACCAGGAGUAUCCCAAGGCGAAAUGGGUCGACGAGUUUACGGGUACGGAGUUGGGGAUCGGGUGGUACCAGCAACGCACACCUUACACGGAGAACUUUCGGCUCAAGGGUACGGCGGGGGCAGGUGGUCUUGGGAAGAGGAUGAUUGCCAACGACUCGGGUAUCGUCUUCAAUCCCAACGUCUUCACGCUCGGGGACCGGGAUACGGCGGCUGCUGUGCUUCGAAAGCAGACUUCGUUGAACAUGACUUUCUCGGCUAGACUAUUGUCGACGUCAGCGGGGCUAGGACCGAGACAAUCGGUUGGAAUCGCGUCGUAUCUGAGUGAAGUCAACCACCAAGAUAUCGGUGUAAGAGGAUGUUGGAACACGACGGGGCUGUGUUUGUACACCGAUCUCUUGCCGACUUCCACCGGCCCUACCACGCGACCAAAUUCAACCGAGUACCCUCUUAGCGAGUUAACGAUCCCUGCAGACCUGACACUUCAUAUUCGUGCGUCGCCUCUGGAGUACUCCCUAGGCUACUCGCGCAGCAACGCGACAUCGCCCACGUGGCUGAAGAGCUUCAGCUCGAAGCAGAUGGGCUCGAACCCCGGAUACCCUAACUUUGAGGGCUCCAUGUUUGCCCUCUUCGCCAGCGGGAACGGCGAACCGUGGCCAUACGAUGCCCCUGAGGUGGGCUUCGACCGCGUCGAGGAGGUAUACUUUGAGGAGGGUUUACCAGAUUAUGACAAUUGGGCAUAG